AUGGGUGAAUUAAGCGAAAAGUCGAAUACCCAAGACAUCCAGGUCAACAAACAGGAAACCCAGAAAUCCCCUUCAGCGGCUUCCUCUGUUACAGAUAAAGGGAAACAUGCGAAAAAGAAGGUCGAUUCAGACGCUGCAAAGGGCAAGCCUGAAGGGGACCUGGAUGCUACUCUUGCCCAUCUGCCCGAACAUGAACGAGAAAUUCUAAAAGAGCAACUUGUUAUCCCAGAGGUUAAGGCCACCUAUGGCACGUUGUUACGAUAUGCCACAAGGAAUGACAUGAUACUGCUUGGUCUCGUCUCGCUGGCUUCUAUUGCUGCUGGUGCUGCCCUCCCGCUCUUUACGGUUCUCUUUGGUUCCCUUGCCGGGACGUUUAGAGAUAUUGCCCUCCACAGGAUUAGCUUUGACGAAUUCAAUAGCAUUUUGGUCAGGAAUUCUCUGUACUUCGUCUAUCUUGGAAUUGCCCAAUUCGUUCUUCUCUACCUGUCCACCGUUGGGUUUAUCUAUGUUGGCGAACACAUCACUCAAAAAACGCGCACGAAAUACCUACAUGCUAUUCUACGCCAGAAUAUCGGGUUCUUCGACAAGCUCGGAGCCGGAGAGGUUACCACCCGUAUCACUGCGGAUACCAAUUUGAUCCAAGAUGGAAUAUCUGAAAAGGUCGGCCUGACCUUGACCGCUGUCUCAACCUUCUUUAGCGCGUUUAUCAUUGGUUACAUCAGGUAUUGGAAGCUUGCCUUGAUCUGCAGUUCGACUAUUGUUGCCAUGGUUUUGGUUAUGGGUGGCAUAUCUAGGUUUGUCGUCAAGGCUGGAAAGAUGAGUUUGCUAAGUUACGGCGAAGGAGGCACUGUCGCGGAGGAGGUAAUCAGCUCUAUUAGGAACGCCACCGCUUUCGGUACACAAGACAAACUUGCCAGACAGUACGAAGUCCAUUUGAAGGAAGCUAAGAAGUGGGGGACGAGACUUCAGAUGAUGCUCGGCAUCAUGUUUGGUUCCAUGAUGGCAAUCAUGUACUCAAACUACGGCUUGGGUUUCUGGAUGGGCUCGCGCUUCCUCGUCGGCGGAGAAACGGACUUGUCGGCAAUUGUCAACAUCCUGCUCGCAAUCGUCAUCGGCUCUUUCAGCCUAGGCAACGUUGCUCCCAACACACAGGCCUUCGCAUCCGCUAUCUCUGCAGGCGCUAAGAUUUUCAGUACUAUUGACCGCGUAUCCGCAAUCGAUCCCGGUUCCGAUGAGGGUAAGACCCUCGACAAUGUUGAGGGAACGAUUGAAUUCCGUGGCAUCAAACAUAUAUACCCAUCUCGACCUGAGGUUGUUGUCAUGGAGGAUAUUAAUCUAAUUGUGCCCAAGGGUAAAACCACUGCCCUUGUAGGCCCUUCUGGAUCUGGGAAAAGUACCGUUGUCGGCUUGCUCGAGCGGUUUUACAACCCAGUGGCUGGUACUGUUCUGCUUGACGGCCAUGAUAUCAAGACCUUGAACCUUAGGUGGCUACGCCAGCAAAUUUCCCUAGUUAGCCAAGAGCCAACCCUAUUUGGAACCACUAUCUUUGAAAAUAUCCGACUAGGCCUCAUCGGUUCACCUUUCGAAAAUGAAUCCGAGGAGCAAUUAAAGGUCCGCAUCGAAAACGCAGCGAAGGAGGCGAAUGCCCACGACUUCAUUAUUGGAUUACCGGAAGGCUACAAGACAGAUGUUGGACAACGUGGUUUCCUCCUGUCUGGCGGACAAAAACAACGUAUCGCCAUUGCUCGCGCAAUUGUCAGUGACCCUAAGAUUUUGUUGCUUGACGAAGCAACCUCUGCUCUUGAUACCAAGUCCGAGGGUGUAGUCCAGGCCGCCUUGGAUGCCGCUUCACGAGGAAGGACCACUAUAGUCAUUGCCCAUCGUUUAUCCACCAUCAAGACUGCCGAUAACAUUGUGGUCAUAGUCAGCGGCCACAUCGCUGAGCAGGGUACCCACGACGAGCUAGUCGAUAAAAAGGGCACAUAUCUCCAACUCGUCGAAGCUCAAAGAAUAAACGAGGAGCGUGAUGAGGAAUCCGAGGACGAGGCGAUAAUCGAAAAGGAAAAGGAAAUCUCACGCCAGAUUUCUGCUCCUGCCAAAAGUGUGACAUCCGGAAAAUACCCUGACGACGACGAUGUCGAAGCCAAUCUAGGGCGCAUUGAUACGAAAAAAUCACUAUCAAGCGUAAUAUUAUCACAGAAACGUCCAGAGAAGGAAACCCAAUACUCCCUCGGCACAUUGAUAAAGUUCAUCGCCAGUUUCAAUAAGCCAGAGAGAUUCAUAAUGUUCUGUGGUCUCAUCUUCGCUGUUCUUUCUGGUUCCGGACAGCCUGUGCAAUCCGUCUUUUUCGCUAAAGGAAUCACAACCCUUUCUCUCCCACCAACCUUGUACGACAAACUACGACAUGAUGCGAAUUUCUGGGCUCUGAUGUUUUUAAUGUUGGGGCUUGUCCAGCUAGUAACCCAAUCUGCUCAAGGUAUAAUUUUCGCGAUUUGCUCUGAGAGCUUGAUUUACAGAGCAAGAAGCUUGUCCUUCCGCGCUAUGCUUCGACAAGAUAUCGCCUUUUUCGAUCUUCCCGAGAACAGUACUGGUGCUUUGACUUCCUUCCUAUCCACGGAAACAAAACAUCUCUCUGGUGUAAGUGGUGCCACACUUGGAACAAUCAUGAUGGUCAGCACUACAUUGACUGUCGCGUUGACGGUUGCCCUCGCUUUCGGCUGGAAGCUCGCACUUGUUUGCAUUUCCACCGUCCCUGUACUUCUUCUCUGCGGAUUCUAUAGAUUUUGGAUCCUUGCGCAAUUCCAAACGAGGUCUAAGAAGGCAUACGAGUCUUCCGCAAGUUAUGCAUGCGAAGCCACGUCCUCUAUUCGCACCGUUGCGUCGCUUACUAGGGAGAAAGGCGUUAUGGAAAUCUACGAGAGUCAGCUUAACGCCCAAGCAAAGAAGAGCUUGAGGUCCGUUGCCAAAUCCUCACUUCUCUACGCUGCAUCACAAUCAUUCUCAUUCUUCUGUCUUGCGCUUGGCUUCUGGUAUGGUGGUGGCCUCCUUGGAAAGGGAGAGUAUAACGCUUUCCAAUUCUUCUUAUGUAUAUCCUGUGUCAUUUUCGGCUCACAAUCAGCUGGAAUCGUGUUCUCCUUCUCUCCAGAUAUGGGCAAGGCCAAGAGCGCGGCUGCAGAUUUUAAGAAGCUUUUCGAUCGAGUACCCACCAUCGACAUUGAGUCACCAGAUGGCGAAAUGCUUGAUACUGUUGAGGGAACUAUUGAGUUCCGUGACGUACAUUUCAGAUAUCCCACACGCCCAGAGCAACCAGUGCUCCGAGGCCUCAACCUUACCGUCAAGCCUGGCCAAUAUAUCGCGUUGGUAGGACCCAGCGGAUGUGGAAAGAGUACUACAAUUUCACUUGUGGAACGGUUCUACGACACGCUAUCAGGCGGUGUUUACAUUGACGGCAAAGAUAUCUCGCGAUUAAAUGUCAACUCCUACCGAAGCCAUCUGGCGCUCGUCAGCCAGGAGCCAACCCUCUACCAAGGCACAAUUAGGGAGAACGUCCUCCUCGGAAUCGACAAUGACAACAUCCCUGACGAACAGGUUUUCGCAGCCUGUAAAGCCGCCAACAUCUACGACUUCAUCAUGUCUCUACCCGAUGGAUUUGGCACAGUUGUCGGAAGCAAAGGAAGCAUGUUGUCUGGUGGCCAAAAGCAACGUAUCGCAAUCGCUCGAGCUCUCAUCCGGGACCCGAAAGUCCUCCUCCUCGACGAGGCUACAUCGGCGCUAGACUCUGAAUCCGAACAGGUCGUUCAAGCUGCUCUUGAUGCUGCUGCGAAGGGCCGAACGACCAUUGCAGUUGCUCAUCGUCUUAGCACCAUCCAGAAGGCAGACGUUAUCUAUGUCUUCGAUCAAGGACGCAUCGUCGAGAGCGGUACUCACCAUGAACUCCUCCAAAACAAGGGCCGAUACUACGAGCUCGUCCACAUGCAAAGUCUCGAGAAGACUCAUUAA